AUGGCGGCGGCAGCAUCAGGAAAUCAGGGCUGGGCUCAGCUGCGCCAGCAAGCCCGGAGUCUAGAGUCCCAGACCGAGACGCUGUUCCACACCUACUCGCAGUUCUCCCAGAUCUCCAACAUACCGCCGAAGCCGACGCCCGAGGAGCGCGAGACCGAGACCAAGCUCGAGGAGCUGCUGGCGAAGCGCGACACGGUCGUGGGCCAGCUGGCGCGGCUGCUCGACUCGGAGGCGGCGCUGACGUCGUCGGCGCUGAAGCAGAACAACCUGGCGCUGCUGCGCGAGAAGCUGGCCGAGCACCGGCGCGACCUCAAGCGCAUCCGGGCCAGCAUCGACGAGGCGCGCAACCGCGCCCACCUGCUGACCAACGUGCGCUCCGACAUCGACGCCUACCGGGCCAGCAACCCCGAGGCCGCCGAGGCCGACUACAUGCUGGAGGAGCGCCGCCGCGUCGACAACAGCCACAACAUGGUCGACAGCGUGCUGUCCCAGGCCUACGCCACCCAGGAGAGCUUCGUGCUGCAGCGCGAGACCCUGGCCAACAUCAACCGCCGCAUCACGCUGGCCGCCAGCCAGGUGCCCGGGCUCAACACGCUGAUCGGCAAGAUCUCGGCGAGGAAACGGAGGGACGGCAUCAUCAUGGGCAGUUUCAUCGCGUUUUGCUUCCUGCUCUUCUUCUGGGUUCUGUGA